AUGAGCAGCGACUUGGACGACGUCGACGCCUUCGACCAGCAGCGCAAUCGCAUCCUCUUGGAGCAGGCGGGCGAGUAUGCUCGUCACAGCGACGCCAGCGACUACUCCGACGAUGAGGAAGAGGUGCUUGCCCUCGAUAACGGCGAUGCCCACGGCGGCGAUAGCGACGACGACGACGAAGAAGACGACGAAGACGACAAUUUAGACGAAGAGCAAGACGGUGAAGUUGACGAAGACGACGACGACGCCGCGGCGGCGUGGAACGACGUCUACGGCGGUGACGACGCCGACGGCACCGAGGAAGCGCUCAAACAGCAGAAGCGCCACCUCCAGGACCUCGCCAUGGACGAUUACGUUGACGAAGAGGUGGAAGAGGAGUGGCAGCGGGUGAAGGAGCUGCUGGAAAAGCUGGCGACGGUGUUUAGCAUCCGCGAUGCCGCCGAGAUGGCCACUGAAGAUAAGCUGAGGCUUCUAAAACAAAUGUUCCCUGAGUUCAUGCCGUUGGUCAAGGAGAUGGUCCAGUUGCAGCCUCAGCUCGACCAGCUUGAAGCUCUCCCUGCUAACGACCUUGUCACUGCCAAAGUUGCCGCUCUCCGCAGUUACUUGGGCACGGUGUCGCUGUACUUUGCUCUUUUCGUCGAUAAUCUCGCCCAGGGGGACCUGUUUACGACGAUGAAGGACCUGCCGGUGAUGCCGAUGCUUCUCCAAGCGCGAGAGGUGUGGCGCCAGGCGCUGGAACUCCCCGACGAGGCGGUGGAACCGUUUGACGAUGACUCCCUCGACCAUGUUGAACAAGAAGAAAUUGUUGACGAAGACAUGGAAGCACCCGAAGAAGAUGAAGAAAUGGAAGUUCUCGAAGAAGAAGAAGAUGACGAAGACGUUGACGACCUACUGGAAGCUGACGAGGCUGAAGCUGACACUGCUGAAUUCACCAUUGAUACCACUAAGCAGCGCACGUUACCCUCUGUCGACAAGUUUGCCACCACUGUUGACGACGAAGACAAACAACGCCGCAAGAAGGCACUUUCGUUCUACACCUCCAAGAUCGACAAGGCGCAACAACGCCAAGCCGCCCACGUCGAUGUCGGUGGCGACCACGACAUCCCCUACAAGGAAAGAGAGUUUGAACGCCGACAGCGGCUUCUUGAGGAAGCCCGGCAACGCGGGCUCGGCGGUGGUGACCUUGGUAACGACGAUGACGAAAGUGACCAUGGCGAUGGCCAGGGUGAAGUUGGUGAAGAUGACUACUACGACCAGGUGAAGCAGGCCCGCGACCACAAGAAACAGGCGCGGAAGGAGGCCCACGUGGCGGCGAAGCAGGCGAUGAAGGAGGGCAAGCUCGCCGAGGUGAUGGAGCUGCUCGGCGACGACGGCAAGCGGGCGGUCAACUACCAGAUCCUCAAGAACAAGGGGCUCACGCCGCACCGGAAGAAGGAGUACCGCAACGCCCGUGUCAAGAAGCGGAAGCAGUACGAAAAGGCGAAGAAGAAGCUCAAGUCGACGCGGGCAGUCUACGACGCCGACGCCGCCCGCGGUCCUUACGAGGGGGAAAAGACGGGUAUCAAGAAGAACCUCUCGAGAAGUGUCAAGUUGGUGUAA